UCAUGCAAUUUGGCCACUUCCUUCCCCUGGAAACCGCCUCCAUCGCCUCUUUGGUUCCCACACAAACAAACAAAGCUCAGCUGGAUAUAUUCCCUCUCAGAAAGGUUAAACAGCUCUGCCUCCAGCCGUCGGCCACCUGGUUUUUUUGUAUAGUUUUGUAUAGAAACGACGGCAGCCUUUGCCGGUCUGUUUCCGUAACGUAACCGUAUUAGCUGACCACUUGAUUGUAACUGCAGUCAUUGCGCAACAACAGUAACCGAGCUAGCUUAGCUGCGACUUUCAGUUUCCAAACAGCAGCCGGUUUAGCAAGGCUGGGCAGAAAUGACAAGCGACUGGGUUGUGAUGCUCUUUACUUUACAACAGGAUUGGUAGACACGGAUGACCAACCCGGGUUUGGCUGCUGCUUGGAGAGGAUCAGAUGUUGAGAGAUUUGUUGAGUCAAGCUAGCUACCAGCACACUGAACAGCCCAGCAGCUGCCUCGUACGUUAACUCCCACCUCCUGACUGCUGUGCUGUGGUCCUGUCUUUGGCUUUUCCAAACCCCGUUAUUAUGAGUGCCAUGCGCGUGGACACCAAAGUGGUGAUGCUAGGAAAGGAGAGUGUGGGGAAGACGAGCCUGGUGGAGAGAUAUGUUCAUCAUCGCUUUCUUGUUGGCCCAUACCAGAACACUAUUGGUGCUGCUUUUGUUGCCAAAGCGAUCCAGGUGGAAGACAAAGUGAUUACUCUGGGAAUAUGGGACACCGCUGGAUCGGAGCGCUACGAAGCUAUGAGCAGAAUCUACUACAGAGGAGCCCGGGCAGCCAUAGUCUGUUAUGAUCUGACCGACAGCAGCAGCUUCCAGCGAGCUCGUUUCUGGGUGAAAGAGCUGCAAAAGUGUGAGGAGCAAUGUAAGAUCUACCUGUGUGGUACUAAGAGCGACCUGAUUGAAGGAGAUCGGAGCUUGCGCCAAAUUGACUACCAUGAUGCUCAGGACUUUGCUGAAGAGAUUGGUGGGCAAUAUUUUGAGACUUCCAGUAAAACGGGAAAUAAUGUGGAUGACUUGUUCCAGAAAGUUGCUGAGGAUUACAACAACUCUGCCUUGCAAUACAUGACAGCAGAGGAAACGGGCGUCAACUUGGGCCAGAAGAAAGAUCCAUAUUUCUACUCCUGUUGCCAUAACAACUGAUGCUGAGCAGCAGGAAGGGAAACAAUGGCCACCUUCCUUUGGCUGGAUGGGUGUCACAUUAACUCCGCUCUGGAUCUGGUAUCCAAAUCACAGAAAGGAGAAAAAACAAAAAACUAUCAGUACAGUUUAUACUUAGAUUUGUUUAUUUCUUUUGUGCCAUAAAGAAUUGAGGGCUGCAAGACUUUAUCAAAGAGGAUAUGCUACUGCUGCAGCGGGGUGGAGGGGUAUUUAAAAACCAACAGUCUCAUCUCUCACCCAGUUAUCGCCUGUUUUAUCCCCAUAUCAGCUGGUGACUUCUCUGUAGCUCUGAGUUGGACCAUCACAUGGAAGUAAAAAUAUCCCUAAAGCUUUAGUGUUGACACAGUGGGUAGAUAAGCUGUGGCUAUAAGAUAAUCUUUGGUGGUGAGAGAGUUAAACACCUGCUGAUAGUAAAGAGGAAUCCCUCUGAUCCUGGACUGGCAGAGAAAACCUGACUAAUGCUGUUUAUUGUUGUAGUGAGUGCAUUGCUUCAGGGUGGCAAACAGUUUGUUUACAGCAGAUCAUUUUUGUUUACAUACAACUGUAAAGAACCUUGUUGUGGAAACUCAGCCUGCACAUCUUCAAUGAAGCCUACAAGAAUGGAGUGAAACUAAUGUGGUAAGACACCAAACGUUCCUGUGUUCUCAGCCAGUUGUAUUAACUCUUUUGAAACAUUUGCAAAUAUGAUAUAACACAUGAACGAAUACCAGGACUAUGUGUGUGUCCAAAAUGGACUUUCUGGAGUUUUGGCUCUUUAAUCAUCGUUACUAUUGCCAUGUGACACCCAUCGCUGUAUUACGAGAGCUGCCACUCAGCCUUUCUGCUAACCUGCCCUUGUGGCUACUCGUAUGGCAGAAAAACCCCAGAAUGCCCAAAAAGCCUUUUCCCCAUAGACCACCACUAUAAAAGAGACACCCAUCAAAUGGUUGACAGGACAACUCCAACUGCAACCAAGGUAAAUUCAAGCAAGGUCAAACUCUGUAUAAAUAAUUUUAAAACCAUGUAACAGGAAAAAGCUGUUUUUAUUUGUGUGACGUCAACCCAGUGUAAUGUCUAUGGGGCCAGAGGUAGUAACACUAAUACUCAUGUGCACUAGUCACACAGUGUGGAAGCUGGAAGACAUUUUAGGUUUAUGCGCUUGGAAUCUGGUAAUCUGAAAUCAUUCCCUAUUUACUAUAUAGUGCACGGCAUUUACUGUCCACCAUUUUAAUUGAGUGUGUGAAUCUAUUCACGAUAUAGUGCACUCAAACUUUUUUGCAAGGAACAAAGUAGCUUCUGCUAACAGUUCCACAAUGCUUUGAUAAAUUACUGUUCAGUGGUUUAACAGCUGUUAUUGAUGAUGCAAAAAGGAUUAGUGCAUUUCUGAAAUAUAAAUUUAGUGCUCACUGUUCUGCAGCUGAAAGAUGGAGAUUGAGUUUACAUUAUCUAGGGAGUAGUGAAUUAGGGAGUGAUUUUGGACACUUAUGAUGCAGCCAUGCUGAAAGCAUGUACAACAUAUAUUUGGUGUGUUAUCUUUUGCAGCACAAGCUGUGAAUCUGUCUAAAGGUUUAAAAAAAAAGCUGAUUUUUGGUGGUGAUUCCUAAAAUGUCUGCUUCUGUUAUUAACACGGCCUAAGGUGACUGAAAGACAGUUUGAAGGACAGUUAAUUUCCUAUAUUUAAAUUCAAAAUUUUAUAAUUUGUUAUUCUAAAAGCAACAUGCACAAAUGGAAAUGUGACCGUCAUGUUAUCUUUCAGUCAUUUCUUACCUAGCAGUGAACUAUUCUUUUAAAAUGACCUCUGAGAAAUUUUAGGAAAUCUCCCCAUCCACUGAAAUGUUGUCAUAGUUCCUCUCAGAUUUUACCAACACAGGAAUAAACUCUGUGAGUGACUAUUGAAAUAUGGAACAAGCUGUCACAUCUGAAUAUUUACAGCUAUAUUUAAGACUGAAGUCACUAAUUUAUUACCUUUUAAGUUGUGAUACCAGAUGGACAUGGUGGAAAACAAAUGGACACCAUCUCAAUUUCCCCAUGUUGCUACUUUGAUGUGUUGAUGUUGUCUUGGUACUUUCAUGCACACUAUUUUUUAUUGAAUGCUGUUAAAGAGAGUCUGAUGUAAAAUAAAAAUGUUCUGUAAAAUUAAAAGCUUAUUGA